AUGGAAACCUGGCCAGGGGUCCUUGUUUACCAGCCUACUUUGGAACAGGCUCCUUGUGCAUGUAACCAAAACUAUUAUGAUCAGAUGGUUGGUUGUUUAAAGUGUCAAUCGUCUGAAUCUGCUCAUUACAGUGUCAAAGAUCAGAAAGGAUAUGAGCUUGUCUGUCUUUCGUUUGGUCAAAAAUGGCAGGAAAUUUACUUUCCUUCCUCCUCAACAACGGCGGCUGCCCCAACGACUACUACAACCGCGACUACAGCCACCAUCGGCAGUGGCGGCAAUGGAGGCGCAACUAUCCCAACAUCAAUCGACAGUAACCCUACGGCGGGUGACAAGAUCUCAAGUGGUCAUGUGAAUAGUAAUUUGUCAUCUGGGGCCGUUGCAGGAAUUGUUGUGUCAAUAAUUGCACUGAUCGUGGCCUUGUCUGUGGCGGGUUAUGUAUGGAGGCGUAGAAGAAGAGACCGAGCGCACGAGGCAGGAGACCUGGAUGAAUUCAAGUACAGGGAUACACAAUCAGAUACAUAUAUGGAAGCUGCUUUGCCACAAUACACCGGCAUGAUCCAACCGGCGUUGCCACCAAUCUCGAAAGUCUCGAAUUUACGUGUCAUGAACCCAGACAGCGACGAUGACGAUAUGGUAAAUGCAGCGGGACUUCGUCGUAACCCAAGUGCACCGCAACAAAGCUUUGAAGUCCGUCGAACCUCUUCGCCGGGAUGGCGCCGCGGCAGCUUCGACGAUGAUUAA